AUGCUUCAGACCGAUAAGCAAAUAUGCAUUCCCCCGGAGCUGCCCGAAUUGCUGAAGCAAUUUACCAAAGCCGCCAUUCGGACCCAGCCCCAGGAUCUCAUCCAGUGGGCUGCGGAUUAUUUUGGGGCUCUGUCCCGCGGAGAGAUUCCUUCAACGAGGGAGCAGUCUGAGCCAGUCCCUUCGUCUAACUGGGCAGAACUCACUCCUGAGCUGUUGAAGAUGCUGCAUUCUAGGGUUGGUGGCAGACUGAUUGUCCAUGUUAAUGAGCUAGCCCAGAUGUGGAAGGUGCUGCAUCUCCCAACAGAGCUGUUUAAUAGUGUGAUAAAUGUGGGCCGCUUCAUGGAGGAAAUUGAGUGGCUGAAGUUUUUAGCCCUUGCUUGCAGCUCUCUUGGUGUUACCAUUUCCAAAACUCUCCAGAUAGCGUGUGAAGUUUUAUCAUCUGAUCACGAUGGUGGACCUGCCCGGAUCCCUUUUAGCACCUUCCAGUUUCUCUACACGUAUAUUGCUGAAGUGGACGGGGAGAUCUCCGCAUCACAUGUCAGCCGAAUGCUGAACUACAUUGAACAGGAAAUAAUCGGUCCUGAUGGUUUAAUCAAGGUGGUUGACUUUACCCAAAACCCUAGGGUUCGGUUGGAGUAA